AAAUUCGAUGUUACAAAACGACAGGAAGUGACUGUGACGAACCUUCAGAUUAAAAGUAGUCACCGGAAACAAACAACGACACUUUAUAGUCGGACCGGACGUGACGAGGUCGGCUCGUUAGCCUGUAGCAGCUCGUUAGCUUCCCCUCGGCUGAAUGGAUGGAGACAUUAUCUCCGGUUCAAACUGGGCUCGGGUUAUUUUAGCUUAGUUUGUUCGUUAGAUCAAGUUUAAUCUCCUUAAAGUUCGCGGUUCUAAAGUUGUUGUUAGCUGGGAGCUAACAAGCCAACGUGUCUGUGCAGAUGAGAGGAGAAGAAGAAGAAGAAGAAGCAGCGUUGGAUCCUCGAGAUGUUGAGCGAGCUCAGGCAUUCUGGGCGGAGGAAGACGUGGAUCAGUUGUUUACCGGCGUCUUGUCGUACCUGGACCACCUGAAGAGAGUCCUGAAGAAGAACACGGCCACUGACAAAGAGCUGGUUCAGGCGUUGAAGCUGCUGGAGUCUCUGGACUUGUGUCCGUCGGUGUCGUCCGUCGUCCAGGUGGUCAUCGGUUCAGGUGAGGUGCUGCCAGCUGACUUCCCCCGCCAAAGUCCCGCCCCCUCAACCUCCCCCGUACCUCCCACUAAUGGCCUGUCCAGCCCUGCAGCGCCCCCCGCUGUCGGAGAGGUGCUGCUGCAUCAACAGACCCCCGUCCAGCUGCAGUACCACCCCCACACCUGCUGCAAGACGUGCGUGACCAGUUUACCCAGCAUGCCUCAGUCCAUGCCUCUGUUCUGGGCACAGAACCCUCUGAAGGUUCCGCUGCUCUGCGGCUUUAAGAGGCUGAGUGCCGUGCCGCUGAUGUCAUCUGGAGGGGGGGCGGAGCCUGUAGUAUCCAAGGAGGCGGAGCAGUUGGGAGCAGACGACUGCGACGUGUUUUACAGAGCGCCUUGUGGACAGAGCCUUCGUAACCAUGACGAAGUGAAAGAUUUCCUGUUGGCUGCAGAGAUCUACGACGUCCUGCAGGUCGACUUCUUCACCUUCAACCCCUCUGUUCAUUUGGACCCUCCCGUGGCGCCGGGGUCUCAGCGUCCGGAGCUGGACCUGAGUCGUGGCGUGGAGCCCACACCGGUGGAGCUAUGCACCAGUGACGGCGGUGCCCGUCCCGCCGACUUCCGUUACCGGAGGGACCGCUGGCCGCACGGCUGCUUCCUGAGCCGCGGCCCCACGCUGUUCAACGCCUGCUGCGACUGUGUCGACGGCUGCACCGACGCACAGAGCUGCGCCUGCAUCGCAAUGAACAGAAGAGGGCGCUGUUACAGCCACCAUAGGCUGAGCGAACCUGAGCCGUCAGGGUGAGACUGUGACGUUAAAG